AUGGAGACGAUGAUGAGCGAGGACGUGGAACGGCUGCUGAUCCAGUUUCAGAACGAGGAAGGCGAGAUUCUGGGUUCACCUUUCGAUGUUCCUCUAGACAUAACCCCAGAUAAGCUCCAGCUGGUCUGCAAUGCACUGCUGCAGAAGGAGGAGCCAGUGCCUUUGGCGUUCUUUGUGCGGGGAGAGGCAGAGGUGGUGUCCAGUCUUGGCUCGUGUGUCAACACUCUUGGGGUGGAGACAGAACAAAUUCUGCCGGUGGUGUACCAGCCUCAGGCUGUGUUCAGGGUCCGGGCGGUGGCCCGCUGCACCAGCACGCUGCAGGGCCACACAGAGGCUGUCAUCUCAACUGCUUUCAGCCCCACCGGCAAAUAUCUGGCGAGUGGCUCAGGUGACACCACAGUGCGCUUUUGGGACUUGACAACCGAGACACCCCACCACACCGCCAGAGGGCAUACACAUUGGGUGCUAAGUAUCGCUUGGUCACCUGAUGGCAAGAAGCUAGCCUCAGGGUGCAAGAACAGCCAGAUCUGUCUCUGGGAUCCAGUAACCGGCGCACAGAUAGGGAAGACUCUGACAGGACACUCCAAGUGGAUCACUUGGCUCUGCUGGGAACCCCUCCAUCUGAACCCCGAAUGCCGUUACUUGGCUAGUAGCUCCAAGGACGGCUCGGUGCGCGUCUGGGACACUGUGUUGGGACGCUGCGAGAAGAUCCUGACCGGACACACUCAGUCGGUCACCUGCGUGAAGUGGGGAGGAGAUGGACUCCUCUACACUUCCUCUCAGGACAGGACAGUCAAAGUGUGGCGAGCCAAAGAUGGCGUCCAGUGCAGGACGCUGCAGGGCCACGCCCACUGGGUGAACACACUGGCUCUCAGCACAGACUACGUCCUGCGAACUGGAGCUUUCGAGCCUGCGACCGCAACCGUCAACCUCCAAGAUCUCACCGGAUCUCUGGAUGAGUUGAAGGAGAGAGCGUUGCAGCGAUAUAAUAAAGUUAGGGGCUCUGCUCCAGAGCGCUUGGUUUCUGGAUCGGAUGAUUUCACCAUGUUCCUUUGGAAUCCUGCCGAAGCAAAGAAGCCCCUGGCCCGGAUGACGGGCCACAGCGCUCUGGUCAAUGAAGUGCUGUUCUCCCCCGACACCAGACUCCUGGCUUCUGCUUCUUUUGAUAAGUCCAUCAAAAUCUGGGAUGGACGCACUGGAAAGUACCUGACCUCCCUGCGAGGCCAUGUGGGAUCUGUGUACCAGGUGGCGUGGUCAGCAGACAGCAGGCUGCUGGUCAGUGGAAGCAGCGACAGCACGCUCAAAGUGUGGGACAUUAAGACCGGAAAACUCAACAUGGACCUUCCUGGACAUGCUGACGAGGCAAGGAAUUAA